AUGGAGAAUAAAAACAAUGUAACUGAGUUCAUUCUCCUAGGCCUUACACAAAGUCCAGAGCUUCGAAUGAUAUUUUUUGUCAUUUUUUUAAUCAUAUACAUUGCCACAAUUAUAGGUAACAUACUCAUUGUCAUAACCAUGACUGUCAGCCAAACUUUGAAAUCACCCAUGUACUUUUUUCUAACCUUUUUAUCCAUUAUGGAUGCUACCUAUUCUUCAGUCAUUGCUCCAAAAAUGGUUGUGGAUUUACUCUAUGAGAAGACAACCAUUUCUCUGAAAGGCUGUCUGACCCAGCUGUUUGCAGAACACUUUUUUGGUGGUGUUGGAAUCAUCCUCCUUGUGGUCAUGGCUUAUGAUCGCUAUGUUGCCAUCUGUAAACCCCUGCACUACAUGACCAUCAUGAAUCCUCGUGUGUGCCAGCUGCUGGUGGCAGCAGCCUGGAUGGGGGGCUCUGUACACGCUACCAUUCAAUUAAUCUUCAUGGCUCAUCUUCCCUUCUGUGGCCCUAAUGUAAUCGAUCACUUCAUGUGUGAUUUGUUCCCAUUGCUGAAAUUGGCCUGCAUGGACACCCAAGUUCUUGGCCUUUUAGUCAUUGCUAACAGUGGAGUAAUGUGCCUGUCCAUCUUUCUCAUUCUAAUGGUCUCCUAUAUUGUUAUCCUCUCUUCCCUGAAGGGUGGUAGUUCAGAAGGAAGGCGAAAGGCCCUUUCCACCUGCAGCUCUCACUUCACAGUAGUGGUCUUGUUCUUUGCUCCCUGUAUAUUCUUGUAUGUGAGACCAGUAGCCACUUUUCCCAUAGACAAAGCUGUAGCUGUAUGUUUUACUAUGAUUACUCCUAUGUUAAACCCUUUGAUUUAUACCCUUAGGAAUACAGAAGUUAAAAAUGCCAUGAGGAAACUCUGGAUUACAAAAGUGACUUUGCUUUUUAAAUGA